AAAUUGCACGUGCAGGCCGCAUGCAAAGCAUACUACCAAUUAUUUUUGUUACGUAUGGGGUCUUGUAAAGUGCCCGGAUGAGGUUUCCUAUGCCAAAAUCCGACAGUAAUGGCGGCCGGUCGACUCAGUGAUCAGCAUAUACCGGGGUUCUUCUCUUGUUUUCUCUUGCUGGAGUAAAUGUAUCGAGCCGACGUUACGCAGAAAUGGUGUGCAAGGAAGAGGUCUUCUCCUGGUUCCAAAGUUUGACCAGUCCCAAAAGGAUAGAAUUUUUGUGCGGGCUGUUGGAUUUCUGUCACCCUAUCGAGCUUCGAUUCUUGGGAACCUGUCUGGAAGAGCUGUGCCGAAAGGAUUACAACUUUCUCAGGGACUCCGAGCAAAAGGCGAACAACACUCAUGAACUACAGUCACUGGACGAUAUCGGAGAUGAUACCGUACGGACGAAACUUAUCGUGUAUCUGGCUCUGUUGUACACAACGAAUAGUCAGGGGUCGAACGUUCUGUCCCAUACAUUGAAUCACGUUGAAAGCACCAUUCUGAAUGGGCUGCAGCUCACAGAGCAAAUCAAGGAGGAGUUUCUCCUGCUCCUCGCCAUGGCAGCUAACCAUCCCGCGUUUUCCAUCCACCAGCGACUGACUUUCAGUACCCAGAUGGAAAGGAUACAAGCUCAGCCAACUGUUGAAGUUUGUAAGGGGUCAAGUGCAGAGCAUAGGAAAGAGGAGGAGGAGGUCAUCUCGGAGGAGACCUCCACAACUCCAGGUACACAGCCCAGCACAGACACCAGCAAGGAGACUCAACAACCUAAAGUUUACGUCAGAUCCAUCGAGGUCAAAGGUUGCAAGAAGACAGGUGGACGUGAGCGAGGAUGUGUCUACACCAUGCAGGUCAGCUGGUCGGACGGCACUCUCACUACUGUCAACAGAACCUACCGAGAUCUGUGCGACUUCCAGUGCAAGCUGCAGAAUCUGUUUCCUGAUGAGACUGGUGCAAACAGGAGCAAGGGGAUCAUCCCCCACCUGCCAGGUAAAGCUGGGGAGACUGGCAAGCGAGAUAUUGACAUGGAAAACUAUGUCAGACAACUGGUGUCGCUGCCCAGACAUAUCCUGGAGUCGGAUCACGUGACCAGCUUCUUCGGCCACCAGCAGUAUCACCACCCCUACCCAUCCAGCCCGGCCCCAGCCGGUCAGACACCUAACAAUGUGCAAGAUGGUGUAGAUGAGUGUAGAAGACCUUGGUCUGCCAGUGAGCCCGGCCUGGGCGGCGGCUCACACCAGCACCACUGUCCCACCUCCAUCCCCACUACCUGCCACGAUGCUGCAGGCAGCACUGCAGGCUCCCCCCACCCCGCCCCUGAGAUGCCCUCCCCAGUGAACGACCACAAGGCGGGGAUGCCUUUGCAGAUCCCCAUGGUCCACGGGACAACCAUGCCUACACAUGUCAGCUACCAGUGUCCCAGACAAGCUAGGUUUUACAAGUAAGUUUUAGAUAGAUUUCAGUUGGUUAGUUUCUAUAUCACCAUGUAGUGCACACUCCUAAUGGUAGCAAAAUCCUAUGUUGAGUUCAUAUUGGUUUCUCAACAGCUACUUUUUUGACCUUCAUAUUUUUUUUCACCACAGGAAAGGCCAUACAUGUACCUAUUGAAUAAUAAAAAUCCUAAAGUUUCCGCUGUUUUUCAAACUUGAAAAUGAAAACAAAUGCUGAAUGAAGAAU